CACACCCAUUUCUUUUUGUCCUGAACUCACUGAUUCUUCUGCUCCCCAAGGAAAUACAACAUCCAAUCUCAACCCAUUUCACCAACCUCUCAUUCCUGCAGUAGGAAUAUGGAUCAGGCCGACGAUGCUUCAUUGGAAGAUUUGGAAGAGGUGAUUUAUUUGGAAGAUAUGGAGGAUAUAGAAGCUGAGAAAGCUGUGGAAAUUUUGGAAGCUGCCCCGCCCUACCCAGGUCAUCCAUCAGAUUACGGAGGAACAGAUUUGAACCACCAGCCUGGUUACCACUCAUCUCCAUAUCCCACUGUUAAUGUGGGAUACACGGCAUACCCAGAGCCAGGGCUGAAAGCAGGAGUUAACAAUCAAAACUUUCAAGCAGGCCCAAACCCAGGGAUGUACCCUCCAGGCACCAGCCCAAACCCAGGGAUGUACCCUCCAGGCACCAGCUCAAACCCAGGGAUGUACCCUCAAGCCACCGGUCCAAACCCAGGAAUGUACCCUCAAGCCUCCACUGUAACAACCUCAGUGAUGCUCCCGAGCCUGCGUGAUUUACCUGGUCAAACCAUGUGCCCGCACUGUAACCACCAGGUGAUCACCAUCACAGAUUACUACACUGGACUCAUGACCUGGAUGGCCUGUGGAUGUCUUGCCCUCGUUGGAUGCUGGCCCUGUUGUAUAGCACCAUUCUGGAUGGAUUCUUGCAAAGAUGUGGAGCAUCGCUGCCCUAACUGCAACAACAUCCUCUCGUUCUACAGGCGCCUGUGAUCUGAAAACAACAUGCCACUCAGUACAACAUCUUUCUAGCUCUAGGUCUGAUAUUAAUGGGAUCUUAUGGGGAUCUUACCUAGGAUUGUUUAGGAAUUUUAUUUCGCCUAGGUUGUAAAAGUACGAAAGAAAUCCUCUUGACAGGCAUAGAAAGUAAAUGACUUCAAAUCAUGUAUUUUAAUGCACGUUGUAUGAAAUAUUAAUUACAAUUAUGGCCGGGAAUCAUUGUGCUCUUAGUAAAAAUACUUAAUUUAACGUGAAGGAUGUAUAGCUUUAAAACUUUAAACUCACACACUGUAUAGGCAACUUGUGAGCUUACAUAAAAUACAUGGAAAUCGCUUUAAGUACAAAUCUAAAUCAUUUGACAGCAAUGUUUAACAAAACAAAGAAUAUGUAAAUUACCAUUUUAAAGCUUAUAUUCAACCUUUGUAAGAUAGUCAGAGCUCUGCCUGUAACAUGUAGAUGUAUCUUAGAUAUUGAGCCUUAUAAAAGAUAUUGAUGUGUUUUUGUACAUUUUAAUGUCUCUAAACUUUUCAAGUAAACGAGUAACUAACUUAGCAUUUGUGGGCAGUCGGACAAAAUUUCAAUUUUAUUGCUAUUCCAGGCUAUUUUACAAUAAUAUUCAAUUCAUAACUGUAAAUGUCAAGUCUCAACCUUUCAUUAUUAGCCUCUCUUAAAUAAAUGGUCUCAGGGUUAACUUGUUAUUCUCAUUAAAAUGAAUCUCAGAUGGUUUGAAGAAAUCAAGCUUAAUAUAGUGAAGUAAGGUCUUUCGAGGAUGAAUGUAACUUGCUGAAGCUAACGGCUUCUCUCUACAGUACUUUUGUUAUUGCGUGCUGAGUCACAUUUCAUUAUAUUUGCUUGGUAAUUUAGAAGAUUGUUUUUCCCCUCAAAGACAUUUUCAAGGUACUGGCUGGUACUGGGGACAGUAUCUAUUGAAUAACCUUGGAUUUGAUUAUUUCCUCAAAGCAAAAUAGUUGUAGAGGGACUCAGUAACUCUCAAGAGAAUGGAGAGUAUUUCUCUUUCUAAAUGUGCACUUUCAAAUAAGCUUUUGCUCUGUCUGUAAAUGUAAAAUAGUUAUAUUAAAAGAGA